AUGUCCAAGAUUUUGUCACAGAAGAUCAAGGUUGCACUAGUGCAAUUGGCAGCAGGUACACCUGAUAAGGCGUACAAUUUGCAGAAGGCUAAAACACUUAUAGAGAAAGCUGUUCAUGAUGAGCCAAGUACGAAGUUAGUUGUAUUGCCAGAAUGUUUCAACUCACCCUAUGCAACCGAUAAAUUUAGAGCUUAUUCUGAAGUUAUUAGACCUGAUUCAGAAUCCUACAAGGCCUUAUCACAGUUGGCUCAAAAAUUAAAAAUCGUACUAGUAGGUGGAUCAAUUCCUGAAUUAGAACCAGAAACUGAUCACAUUUACAACACCUGUAUGAUAUUUAAUGAAAAUGGUGAACUAUUAGACAAGCAUCGUAAGGCGCAUCUUUUCGACAUUGAUAUCCCUAAUGGUAUAAGGUUUAAAGAAAGUGAUACCUUGAGUGCAGGUGAAAAAAAUACUUUAGUCACAAGUGAAUACGGUAAAUUUGGUGUUGGUAUCUGUUACGACAUGAGGUUCCCAGAGUUAGCCAUGCAAUCUGCACGUAAAGGCGCAUUUGCUAUGAUUUAUCCGGGUGCAUUCAAUACUGUAACUGGACCAUUACAUUGGAAAUUAUUAGCAAGAUCGAGAGCUAUUGAUAACCAAGUCUACACCCUACUCUGCUCACCUGCUCGUGAUUUAGAGAGUAGUUAUCACGCGUACGGGCAUUCAUUGGUUGUUGAUCCAAAAGGUAACGUUCUAACUGAAGCUGGUGAAGGCGAAGAAAUCGUUUAUGCAGAUCUAGAUCCCGAAGCCAUCGAUCAAUUCCGUGCUGGUAUUCCUAUUACGACGCAAAGAAGAUUCGAUAUCUAUCCAGACGUGUCUAAAUAA